AUGCCUUCCGCCACCGGGUCAAAUUGGGAGAAGUACAAGAAAGAGUUUGCCGACGACGAGGUAGAAGAGAAGAAGAUCCAGCCUCUCUCCGACGAAGAUAUCCAAGUCCUCAAGACCUACGGCGCCGCACCCUACGGAACACCCCUCAAGAAUCUGGAGAAGCAGAUCAAGGAGAAGCAACAGAGUGUCGACGAGAAGAUUGGCGUCAAGGAAUCCGACACGGGGCUCGCCCCGCCCCAUCUGUGGGAUGUCGCCGCCGAUAGACAACGCAUGUCCGAGGAGCAACCGUUACAGGUAGCACGGUGCACCAAGAUCAUUGCGGAUGAGAAGGACGAGUCGAAGAGCAAAUACGUCAUCAACGUCAAGCAGAUCGCCAAGUUCGUGGUCCAGCUGGGUGAUCGCGUAUCCCCGACCGAUAUCGAGGAGGGCAUGCGGGUGGGCGUCGACCGUAACAAGUACCAGAUCCUGCUGCCCCUGCCACCCAAGAUCGACGCGAGCGUUACGAUGAUGACGGUCGAGGAGAAGCCCGACGUCACAUAUGGCGAUGUUGGUGGAUGCAAGGAACAGGUCGAGAAGCUGAGAGAGGUCGUCGAGAUGCCGCUGCUGUCACCCGAGCGGUUUGUCAACCUGGGUAUCGACCCCCCGAAGGGCGCUCUGCUAUAUGGACCCCCUGGAACGGGAAAGACACUCUGUGCUCGAGCCGUUGCCAACCGAACCGACGCCACAUUCAUUCGAGUCAUCGGCAGUGAGCUGGUACAGAAGUACGUCGGUGAGGGUGCCCGCAUGGUGCGGGAGCUCUUCGAGAUGGCCCGGACGAAGAAGGCCUGCAUUAUCUUUUUCGACGAAAUCGAUGCCGUCGGUGGUGCACGGUUUGACGACGGAGCCGGUGGAGACAACGAAGUCCAGAGAACCAUGUUGGAGCUUAUCACGCAACUGGAUGGUUUCGAUGCACGCGGAAAUAUCAAGGUCAUGUUCGCCACCAACAGACCGUCAACCUUGGAUCCCGCCCUGAUGAGACCGGGCCGUAUCGACCGGAAGAUCGAGUUCUCGCUGCCCGACCUCGAGGGACGAGCAAACAUCCUCCGUAUCCACGCCAAGAGCAUGUCCGUCGAGCGGGAUAUCCGAUGGGAGCUGAUCUCCCGUCUCUGCCCCAACGCCACGGGUGCCGAACUGCGAAGUGUGUGCACCGAGGCCGGCAUGUUCGCCAUCCGGGCGAGGAGAAAGGUCGCCACGGAGAAGGACUUCCUGAGCGCCGUCGACAAGGUCAUCAAGGGCAACCUGAAGUUCAACUCGACCGCCACGUACAUGCAGUACAACUAG